CUGCGCCCGCGGUGGGCGGGGCCCUGCCGGGCGCCCCUAUAUAAAGCGCCGCUGGCGGCCGCCCUCCUCCUUUCGCGGCGCCGCCGGGGCAGCGAGCCCCCCCCUCGGCCGCCAUGCCGGUCGCCCGGAGCUGGGUCUGCCGCAAGACCUACGUCACCCCCCGGCGCCCCUUCGAGAAGUCCCGCCUCGACCAGGAGCUGAAGCUCAUCGGCGAGUACGGGCUGCGGAACAAGCGGGAGGUGUGGCGGGUGAAGUUCACCCUGGCCAAGAUCCGCAAAGCGGCCCGGGAGCUGCUGACGCUGGACGAGAAGGACCCGCGGCGGCUCUUCGAGGGCAACGCGCUGCUGCGGCGGCUGGUGCGCAUCGGGGUGCUGGACGAGGGCAAGAUGAAGCUCGACUACAUCCUGGGGCUGAAGAUCGAGGACUUUCUGGAGCGGCGGCUGCAGACGCAGGUCUUCAAGCUGGGCCUGGCCAAGUCCAUCCACCACGCGCGGGUGCUCAUCCGCCAGCGGCACAUCCGGGUGCGGAAGCAGGUGGUGAACAUCCCGUCGUUCAUCGUGCGCCUCGACUCGCAGAAGCACAUCGACUUCUCGCUGCGCUCGCCCCGUUUUGGGGCCGUUUUUGGCCAUUUUGGGGCGUUUUGGGAGCGUUUUUGGCCAUUUUGGGGCGGUUUUGGGCGUUUUUGGCCAUUUUGGGGUGCUUCGAGGCUGUUUUGGGGCGUUUUUGGCCGUUUUGGUGACUUUUGAGGCCCCGCAGGGUGCGGAAGCAGGUGGUGAACAUCCCGUCGUUCAUCGUGCGCCUCGACUCGCAGAAGCACAUCGACUUCUCGCU